AACCAAUCCUCACAAUUUCCACUCUCAUCGCUUUUCUUCACUCCCCACAGUCCUAACCUCGUUUCUCAAUGGAGCGAGCCCAGGAAGACAUGAAGCUCCUGGGAGUAUUCGGCAUCUACAAAGAAGGCCACAAAAUCAUGGCCCCACAGCGCAAAAUCUUCAACCAGAUCACCCUCGCCUUCAUCCUCCCCCUCUGCUUCAUCUUCCUCGCCCAAGUCGAGAUCUCCAAAAUCCUCUUCUCCCGAAUCCACUUCCACCACUACGGCGACCACCGCAACACCGCCGCCGACUGGGCCGUCUACGUCCUCUUCAAACUCGCCUACUUCACCUUCCUCUGCCUCUUCUCCCUCCUCUCCACCUCCGCCGUCGUCUACUCCAUCGCCUGCAUCUACUCCCACCGCGACACCUCCUUCAAAACAAUCCUCGCCGUCGUGCCGCAAGUCUGGAAACGCCUCACUAUCACCUUCAUCGUCAUCUACGUCUUCAACUUCAUCUACGCCGUCGUCGCCGUCGUCACCAUGGUCCUCUGCUUGUCGAUCAAUAACAACGUCUCCAUCGUGUUCUUCUUCAUCCUCUUAAUCGUCUACAUCGUCGGCUUCGUCUACCUCACCAUCGUCUGGCAGCUCGCCAGCGUCGUCACCGUUUUAGAAAAAUCGUACGGAAUCACGGCGAUGAGGAAAAGCCGGGGAUUAAUAAAAGGCAAGUUCUGGGUGGCCUUGGCGAUAUUUUUCAAGCUCAAUAUCCUCAUCUGGGGGAUACAUUUUGUGUUCACUGCUUUCGUUGUUUACGCGUAUCCGUGGUCUUACUUGAUGAGGUUUUUGAUCGGAGUGGCGUGCUUGGUGGUUCUGGUGCCGAUAUUUCUGUACGGGCUGGUUCUGCAAACGGUUAUAUAUUUUGUUUGCAAGUCGUAUCAUAAUGAAGCGAUUGAUAGGCCUGCUUUGUCGAAGCAUCUGGGGGAGUAUGAGCGGCUUUAUGAGCCGGAUGAGGUGCAGAUGGAGCAUGUUUAAGUCAGGGCUUUCGAGAGCUUUGAUACUAUUAGCUGGUAGUAAUUAAGGUUGGUUGUAACAAUAUACAGUGGAUUGCAGUUGUUAUGGAGUGCAAAAUUAAGGGUUAGUUGCUUUAGCAUGUAAAGUGUUUACGGUCCUGUAAUUAAUUUCUCACGAAAAUCCGAAUCAAUUAAUCAAACACAACAUGAUUAAUAUAUAUGGAAAA